AUGAGGAAGAAGGUGGACGAGCGCAUCCGGACGCUGAUCGAGAACGGAGUGCGGCAGCGGCAGCGCUCCAUGUUCGUCAUCGUCGGCGACAAGUCGCGGGACCAGAUCGUCAACCUCAACUACAUGCUCGCCAAGUCCCGCGUCAAGUCCCGGCCCUCCGUGCUCUGGUGCUACCGCAGCAAGCUCGAGAUCAGCAGCCACCGCAAGAAGCGCGCCAAGCAGCUCAAGAAGCUCAUGCAGCGCGGCCUCAUGGACCCCGACAAGGCAGACCCCUUCUCGCUCUUCCUCGAGACCUCCGACAUCACCUACUGCCAGUACAAGGACUCCGAGAGGGUCCUCGGAAACACAUUCGGCAUGUGCAUACUGCAGGACUUUGAGGCGCUGACGCCCAACCUUCUGGCCAGAACCAUUGAGACCGUUGAGGGCGGUGGGCUGAUCAUCCUGCUGCUCUCUUCGCUCUCCUCCCUAACCAGUCUGUAUACCAUGGUCAUGGAUGUUCACGAGAGGUUCCGAACAGAGUCUCAUGCUACGGCAGCCACGAGGUUCAACGAGAGGUUCUUACUGUCCAUAGCAUCAUGCAAAGCAUGCAUCGUGAUGGACGACGAACUCAACAUUUUGCCUAUAUCAUCUCACAUGAAAUUCAUACAACCAGUUACGAACAAUGAGGAUUCCGAGGGGUUGUCAGAAAGGGAGCGGGAGUUGAAAGACCUAAAGGAUCAAUUCCGUGAAGACUUCCCUGUUGGUCCUUUGAUUGGGAAGUGCUGCACGAUGGAUCAGGGUAAAGCCGUCAUCAAUUUCCUGGACUCUAUUUUGGACAAGUCACUCAGGAGCACGGUUGCCUUGCUCGCUGCUCGUGGACGUGGGAAAUCAGCAGCCCUUGGUCUUGCUAUUGCUGGAGCCAUCGCAGCUGGGUAUUCAAAUAUAUUUGUCACCGCUCCGAGUCCAGAGAACCUUAAUACACUAUUUGAUUUUGUCUGCAAAGGAAUGAAUGCAUUGGAGUACAAGGAGCAUUUGCAUUAUGAUGUAGUGAAGAGUGCAGAUCCAAAUCUCAGGAAAGCAACAAUACAAAUAAAUGUCCACAAGCAGCAUCGUCAAACAAUCCAGUAUAUGAAACCACAUGAUCAUGGAAAGCUUUCUCAAGUUGAACUUCUUGUCAUUGAUGAAGCUGCUGCCAUUCCAUUACCUAUUGUGAAGUCCUUGCUCGGUCCAUACCUUGUUUUCCUAUCUUCCACUGUCAACGGGUAUGAAGGAACAGGCCGAUCCUUGUCUUUGAAGCUCCUCCAGCAGUUAGAAUCCCAAAGCCAGCCAUCAGCUUCGAGCAACAAACCCAAUUCCAGUAGGCUGUUUAAGAAAAUUGAAUUGAAUGAAUCCAUUAGAUAUGCAUCUGGUGAUCCUAUUGAAACCUGGCUUAAUGAGUUACUUUGUUUGGAUCUUGCAAACUCCAUUCCAAAUAUCAGUAGGAUGCCUCCCCUAAAAGAGUGUCAGCUGUAUUAUGUCAACCGGGACACACUAUUCUCGUAUCACAAGGAGAGCGAGGUAUUUUUACAGAGGAUGAUGGCGCUUUAUGUUGCUUCUCACUACAAAAAUUCUCCCAAUGAUUUGCAAUUGAUGGCUGAUGCGCCAGCACAUCAUCUUUUUGUACUGCUUGGCCAGGUUGAUGAGUCCGAAAACCAGCUCCCUGAUAUUUUGUGUGUGAUUCAGGUCUGCCUGGAAGGACAAAUAUCUCGAAAAUCAGCUAUCAGAAGCCUAAAUGAGGGUCAUGCCCCUUCUGGUGAUCAAAUACCAUGGAAGUUCUGUGAACAAUUUCAAGACAAUGUAUUUCCCAGUCUCUCAGGAGCUCGGAUAGUACGAAUCGCUGUUCAUCCAGGUGCCCUCAGGCUUGGAUAUGGUUCAGCUGCCGUCCAACGCCUAGCAAGUUAUUAUCAAGGAGAAAUGUCAGUAUUUAAAGAUGAGGAGGAAGAUGAAGAGCCUGGAAUUAAAAUUAGUGAAGCUGCAGAGAAGGCUUCUCUGCUAGAAGAGUGCAUAAAGCCUAGGGCAAAUCUUCCACCACUGCUUGUUAAUGUUGAGGAUCGUCGUCCUGAAAAGCUUCAUUAUCUUGGUGUAUCUUUUGGGUUGACACAAGAGCUUUUCCGGUUUUGGCGGAAGCACAACUUCUAUCCAUUCUAUGUGGGCCAGAUUCCAAGUGCUGUUACUGGUGAACAUACCUGCAUGGCCAUGAGUCCCUUAAAUAGCGAUGACAUCAAAGUUGGUGGUGAUUCAAUCGAACUUGGAUUUUUGGAACCAUUUUAUCAAGAUUUCAGGCAAAGGUUCAGGCGGCUGUUGGGAACAUCUUUCCGGCAUCUCAACUUUAAGCUUGCAAUGAGCGUUUUGGCUUCCAAAAUAGACUUUUCACAUCACGGGCCUUCAGAUUAUGAUAUCAGUCUUACAUCGAAGUUAUUGAGAGAUGUAUUAUCCCCACAUGACAUGAAGCGGCUAGAAGCUUAUUCUAACAACUUGGUCGAUUAUCAUCUGAUUCUGGAUCUUGUCCAUAUCCUUGCACAUGAGUACUUUUCAGAGAAGCUUCCUGUUACACUACAUGGUGCCCAAGCUUCUGUUUUAUUCUGUAUGGGGCUACAGGACAAAGAUAUAAGUGCUACAAAGGAAGAGCUUGGCAUAGAAAGGGAACAAGUUCUUUCUAACUUCAUCAAGACAAUGAAGAAAUUAUAUGGUUACCUUCACAACACCGCAGGAAAAGAAAUUGAAGCAACCUUACCGCGGCGACUAAAGGAAAUUGAAAUGGCCCCACUUAGCAGAUCUAUGGACGAAGACCUUGAUGAAGCAGCUGAGGAAGUGAAGGAAAAAAGAAGAGCUGCAGAUGAAGCUGCUGUGGACCCGAAGUUACUGCAGAAAUAUGCAAUUGACAGUGACGACUUCGAGAUUGAGAAGGCUCUGCAGGAUGGGAAGUUGUCUGCAAGCGGUGUUAUCAGUGUAAAAUCAAGCAAAACAAAUGCUGACAAGAAAGAGAAGCAUAGGGACACUGAAAAAUCGAAAAGGAAAGGAACAGAUGGUAGUAGAUCGUCAAAGAAAAAGAGGACUUGAAGUUAUCCACUUGAAGUUACCCUGCUUGCAGCUAGAAAUUGAAAGAAAAAAACUUGAUCAUCCGAAAGUAUGGGCAGAAGGGAUUGGUGGUUGUGUCUAAGCUCCAUUAUGGGCUAUAAUUUGUGGAUCAAUCAUAACAGCAGUACCCUUUACCCCUGUGGCGCCACCAUGUCUGAGUUUUGAUGUAUCAUUUGUUAUUAGAGUACGGGUCAGUGGCAAAAACGGUACCCUGUGAAAGCCCUCCAAAAAUCCUACUAUGCCUCAGUUUUGAUGUAUUAUUUGUUUUAUUAGAAUAUAUAGUUUCGCUUUUACCUGGGUGUACAGCAUUUUAUUUUUUGGCAA